AUGGCACCACCAUUCCGGAUCGGCACACGCCGAUCGAACCUCGCUGUCGUCCAGGCCGAAGGCAUCCGCGACAGCCUACAACGCCUGGCCCCCGACCGAACAUACGAACUCGAAGCCCUCCGCACCCUCGGCGACAAAGACCAGUCGACUGCACUGUACAACUUCGGAGCAAAGAGCUUGUGGACCGCCGAGCUGGAGGAGAAGCUGACCUCCGGCGAAGUCGAUGUUGUCGUCCACUGUCUGAAAGACAUGCCGACCAGGCUCCCGGACUCGUGCGAUCUCGCCGCCAUCCCACCCCGCGAUGACCCACGCGACGCCCUGAUCGUCAAGGCCGGCCUCCCGUAUACGAGCCUGCAAACGCUUCCCGAGGCCGCCGUGGUAGGCACGUCCUCCGUCCGCCGAUCCGCGCAACUCCGGCGACUCUACCCGCACCUCCGAUUCGCGAACCUCCGCGGAAAUGUCGAGACACGUCUGGCUAAGGUCGAUGACCCCGAGAGCGAAUACACGUGCAUGGUGAUGUCGGCUGCUGGUCUGGAGCGCAUUGGGCUGGCACACCGGAUCACGCAGUAUAUGGGGUCGAAGGACGGGGGGAUUCUGCACGCCGUGGGACAAGGGGCGCUAGGGUUGGAGAUCCGCAAGGGGGAUAUUGAGACACUGCAGUUCCUCAAUCAACUGGGUGAUUUGAAGUCGACGCUGGCGUGUCUUGCGGAACGGGCUCUCAUGCGCACGCUUGAAGGUGGCUGUAGUGUUCCCAUUGGCGUUGAGACGGAGUGGAUUGAUGAGAGCCUUGGUCGUCUACGGAUGACUGCGAUAGUUGUUAGUCUGGAUGGCGCCCAGAGUGUCCAAGACAGUAUCGACGGCCUCGUGCAGACAGAACAGGAGGCAGCGGCUCUGGGGGAGGAGUUGGCUGCGAAGCUUGUGAAAGCUGGGGCGGACAACAUUCUCAACGCCAUCAACGCCGACCGCCCACCCAAGGAUUGA